AUGUCAGAAGAAUCAUUAAAUGGGACUAUUAAUCUACCAGAAUAUGCUACAGAAGUCUCUGGUCUAGAUCCACGUUCCAAGUUUGCUAUCGCUCUUCAAGCGGCUUCUAUGGUUGUGAUCAUGGUUGUUGCGCUAGGAGGCAAUCUACUGAUUCUGGCGGCGAUCUACAUCGAUAAAACGCUCCAAACAAUCACCAAUGUAUUUAUCGUCAACUUAGCAUGCGCCGACAUGCUCUUAGCAAUCAUUGGAAUGCCUUUCACCCUGGCCUCUUCCAUCACUUAUGACUGGAUAUUCGGGGAUACAUGGUGUAAAGUCAACGGUAUGGCAAACUCUUUGUUUUGCAUCGCUUCUAUACUCACAUUAGCCGCAGUCUCAGUUGAUCGCUAUUUUGCAAUUCUCUACCCCUUCAAGUACAUGGCUUGGAUAACUAAGAAGGUCGCAGUUGGAAUGAUUUUUUACGUCUGGUCUCAUGCCUUUCUCAUGGCAUGUCUUCCCUUAACAAGUUGGUCAAAAUACACGUUUAUUCGCUCAGAAUCAAUUUGCACUGUGCAAUGGGAAUAUAGCAUCACGUAUACGCUAUUUCUUUUUUCUGUGUGCUUUUUUGUACCUCUUGGUGUGAUGAUGUUUACUUACUUGCGAAUCUUUCGUACGGCUAAGAAACAAUCCAAGAAAAUUGUACCUGUUACAGGAAAAAUUGAAGGAAAAGAUGAACCUAGCACAAGCGAGUUUAUCUCGUGCUAUGACAGUCGAACAAACUUAGAGAAAGCAGGGCUACCCGCUCGCUCUUCUCUCUCGACCAAGGAGAUGAUAGAAAAUAGCUCCGUUUCUAUUAAUAGCAACAACUAUAAUGAUCGACCUUUCUCGAGUCGUCAAGCUUUCGCCAUUCACGGCGAGCAACGAGAAUUAACGCAAGACCAUAAAAAUCUAUUCGCAGAUGAUCAUCAGGUUUCUAAAGACUCCGGCUUGGAAGAAGUUAAUUUUAAUGGAUCCAAUUUGUUAAGACCCGAUGAAUCGUCAGCUAUAACAGCGCGCAAUAGAACGUCCAGCAUAGGCGAAAGCGUAGACGGAGUUAGUGUUCUUAAUAGUAGCUGUGGAAGUUUUCAAGAUUCAGUUUUUGAGGAUAACGGAUCGCCAAAAAGUACCAACAAAGAAAGGGUACAAAUCGAGUCUACACAAAAUGACAUAUCGUACGUGAAUGCUCCAUUUCCUAACACAAACAAAGUUCAUGCGUACAGGAAGACCGGUGCUGUAUAUUUGCCGCCGUUACCAACUGCAACAAGGAACAAGGAGGCAAACAUUAAUACUCCGCGUUUUUACGUUCCCCUCCCACCUGUAAAAUCUGGAACUAUAAACAAUAACAUCUCUAGUACAAAUGAUACAGUGUACCACAUUGAUAAUGACUCAGAGUGUAUCGAUAGAAAUUCGCCAACUGCUGACAACCAGGAAAACUCUCAAAACAUGGUUAACCAAUCAAAUACUCUAUUAGUUUCGAAGAAUCAAUUUCCUCAUGGAGAAGAAGUGAAAAACGACAAUGGCAGUGACACCAGGAACCUGAAUAUAGUUGUUUCGCGAUGUUCUUCUUAUUCGUCUUUCUCUCCUUCGACGAAAGAGACACUGCAACCUGACCGCCCCAGAUCACAAACGGACAGGACUGGAUCUGCCAGGAAAAAGAAGUUUUCGACUGCUUCAGUAGCAAGUCUAAUGAAUUUUUCGGGGCCUAACUCGUUCAGAGCAUUCAGUAAAUCUUCUCUGGCAUUGAUGAAACUGCGCAAAAAGAAAGACGUUCAAGCACGCGCCAAAAUGCGCCGUGAAACCAAAGCCGCCAAAACUUUACUGAUAGUAGUGGGCACCUUUGUCCUGUGUUGGGCUCCCCACUUCAUAGGAAUAUUCUGCUUUUUAGCCAAACAGUGCUCGUGGCCCAAUGAAUUUUUUGCCAUUACUACCUGGCUUGCUAUGUUGAAUUCUGCCUGUAAUCCUGUUAUAUACGGAGUUAUGAGUAUGCACUUUAGGAAGCGAUUUAAACAGAUUUUACAGUGCAAAAGAGGCUUCUUCUAG